AGCCGGAGCCGGUAACGGGACGUGCGGGAUGGCGGCGGCGGUUGGCGGGCAGUGGGUGUGUCCGGUGGGUCACUGAGGUUCAGACGGUGCGGUCGGUACGAUGAGCGGCCGCAGGAGCAGGCGGCAGAGUGUGAACGGGCGGGAGGCGACGGUGAACGGCGCCGGCGGAGCCCGCCGGGGCGGCACAGAAAUUGAAUCAAAGAAGAAAAGGAAGCUGCUGGCCAUUCACCAGGCUCUGAAUGAUGACCCAGUUGACGUGAGAACUCUGCGGCAGUGUGCGGUUAGCGAGGGCGGGCUGCUGAGUGAUGAGAUCCGCAGGAAGGUCUGGCCAAAGCUGCUGAAUGUGAAUGUUUAUGACCUCCCUCCGAAACCAAGCAAGGAUAUAAGGGAAGGGCACAAGGACUACAGCCAGGUCGUCAUGGAUGUACAGCGGUCUCUUCGCAGGUUUCCACAUGGGAUGCGAGCUGAUCAACGAGCCGUCCUACAAGAGCAACUGAUUAAUGUCAUCUUGUACGUCUUGCAAAGGAACAAGCAGCUUCACUAUUACCAAGGCUACCACGAUAUUGUCGUUACCUUCCUUCUGGUGGUUGGUGAAAGGAUGGCCAUCGCACUCAUGGAGAUACUGUCUUCCCAUCAUCUCAGGGAUUUUAUGGAUCCCACAAUGGACAGCACUAAACAUAUCUUAAAUUACCUAAUGCCAAUUCUGGAGCAGGUGAAGCCAGAUCUCCAUGUCUUCAUGAAGAGGGCCGAGGUUGGCACCAUCUUUGCCCUGAGUUGGCUGAUCACCUGGUACGGUCACGUUCUCUCCGAGUUCCGUCAUACUGUCAGGCUGUACGACUUCUUCCUGGCAAGUCACCCGCUGAUGCCAGUCUACCUUGCGGCAGCGAUCGUGCUGCAUAGGGAGCAGGAAGUUCUCAAGUGUGAAUGUGAGAUGGCGAGUGUCCAUCAACUUCUGUCCAAGAUACCUCACAACCUUCCUUACGAGAAGCUGAUUAUCAAAGCGGAGGAGCUGUAUUCCCAGUACCCACCCGCAGAGCUUGCAAAACAAGCAGCACUUCAAUUUCACAAAAGCGUCACCAUCAGCACUUUCCAGGACUUCCAGCUGGCGACGUCCCAGCAACGCCCCGAUGCUGUGCUCUGCAAACAGUCCAGGGAGAGAGCUCGUUUGCCACCCAACAACGCCAAGGCACCAGCUCCAACGGGGGCCAACCAACUAGUCAAGAUGGCGGUGUGGGGACUGACGGCCACGCUGGGAGCGGCUGCUUUCGCCGUGGUGAACACGGCGAUGGAAUGGGCUCCGGAGUUUGUCUUCCAGCUGUUUCCAUAGCCGUUGUCAAUUCGGACACACUUGUAGCAGGCAGGACCGGGAGAGAGAACGAUCUCUUGCCACGACACAGCAAUCAAAACCGAGCGCCCGUGUGGUGCAAUGUGCCAAAAGCCAGAGCCAGGGUGGAAGUGAGAUGUGGGCUUUACUUCAUGCUUUCCAAUCUCAGCCACGGCCAUUGGAGGACCAGCCUUUCACAGCCCAUCUUCUCCUAGGGAACUGACGCAUUGACCACCUCCUCCCAGGUGGAAUGGUGUGGACACAAUGGGCAGAGUUGCCGCCUUCUGUUCCGUAGAUGUCUUUGAUUCUGUGUGUCUACUGGUUAUUCAACCAAGGACAACUUCAAGAGUUUUAAAGUGAAAAUCCCUUGCUUCUGAGUGGGGCAAUAGGAAGCAAGUUUCCAUUCAGCCGUGUUACAUGGUAAUCAAAAAAAUUGCAGAUUGCUGCAACUCUGAAACAAAACCAGAAAAUGCUGGAAACACUUAGGAGAUCAGGCCGCCAUCUGUGGGAAGAGAAGCAGAGUCAAUGUCUUAGACCUGAAAUAUUAAUUCUGUUCCUCUUUUCACAGAUCCUGCCUGACCUGCAGAGUGUUUCCAACAAUUGGAAUUGGUUGAUUAUUGUCACUUGUACUGAGGUACAGUGAAAGACUAAUCUUGUGUACUGAUCGUACAGGUCAAUUCAUUACACAGUGCAUUGAGGUAGUACAAGGUAAAACAAUAACAGAAUGCAGAAUAAAGUGUUACAGCUACAGAGAGCAGUGCAGGUAGACAAUAAGGUGCAAGGUCAUAACGGGGUAGAUUGUGAGGUCAAGAGUUCAUCUUAUUGUACGAGGGAACCGUUCAAUAGUCUUAUAACAGCGGGAUAGAAGCUGUCCUUGAGCCUGGUGGUACGUGCUUUCAGGCUUUUGUAUCUUC